UGUUAUAUUUCUGUAUCUUGCAAUCAAGUCACUUUUUUACGCUACAGUAAUUUGAAUAUGGUUUAGAGUGAGAAUUAUAUUUAUAUAUUUUAGAAUGCAUCCUUUAUGGUUAAUCUUGAUAAUUUCGCUAGUAAAUCUGCUCCUUCCUUCCCAUUAUCCAUUUCGGUUUUCGGGGGGAAAAUUGUUAAAAUGUGAUACUGUAUCAUCUCCUCUCCCUCCUUGCUUGCUUCGAUUCGGGGAUUUUAUCGCUCUUCUCCAUGGUUCGGAUCCACCUAAUAUUAUCAUCCUCCAUCCACCAUUCCAUUCUUCCACCGAAAUACUGGCCAUUAUGUAACAAACACCCCCCAUCUUCCUUCUCCUAGACCAGAAACUCUCUCAUCUUUCUCAAGAGCCCGAGCCUGAAUUUCCCUCAGCAAAACACAAACCAAGCCAUCAAGAUAAUUUAAUAUAGUUGCGAUAUGACCGCAGAUUAGUCCAUGGAUGCAAAGCCAGCCAGCUCCUCUUCCUCCAGCCAAAUAAUGCCCACAGAAUAAUAAUAAAAGGCGAUCAAUACUUUGAUAUUCCAUAGUCUAGUGAACUGAAAAGCAUCUCUCUCUCAAGCUAAACCAUCGUCGAGACUCGAGAAAAGGGGAGCUCAAUUUAUUGGAAGGCAAAAGAAAAGAGGGAAGUUUAUGAGAUUUUUUCUCCGGAAUUUUCUCCAGAUUCUGUCAGCCAGCCAAGCCAACCAACCAAGUCUGUAAUCAUAGUUUGAUCUCUCAGACUUUGCAUGGGCACACGAAUAUUAUUAUCAAAUAUCUUGUAUACUAUGAAGUGAAAUAGUUUGUAGAGAGAAAAAAAAUUGAAAAAAUUCGUCGUCGUUGUUUUCGGGAUCAAUUUUUUUUCACCAAGCUGCUCUCUUGCUCUGCUCAGUUUCAGUCAAUAAAACAAUACUACGACAUUUUACCCGGGUAUUAUCGGGCAGGCAGGAUUUGUAUUGUGUACACGGACGGAUGAUGAAGGAGCAUAUACAUUACAUAGCAACAAGCUUGGAGCGUUGGGGGACUAUUAGUGGCAGCCCACAUGAACACAACUCCGCCUUAAAUUCAUUCCCAUCCUAUUAUGCUGCACGUUCAAUCCCAAUCCACUCCACAACCCUUUCCACGACUUUCCCCGUAAGCAAAAUACGUAAUAAAACCAAGCGAUUCACAUGCACAGCCUCCGUUAAAAGUAAAAACUCACCUUUUCGACGUAUUCACGGAUUUUUCUGCACUGCUCACCUGAACAGGCAUGUUUUUGCAUAGAGUAUUUAAUUUGUAGGAAGAAAUUCUGAAAAUUUUUCCAAAUUUUCCUCAUUAAAAUAUAAAAAAUCGAGGAAAAAUAAACUGGAAAUAUAAAUAUUUAUUAACGUUCUACGGUACAUUCACACUUUACCUUUGCUCGUAAAUAUAAGAAUCUACCUUGGCACAACAGUACACCCAAUAGAAGAGAAGCACCUCCAAUUUUUUUGUACAGCCUGCCAGCCUGCCAAGACAAUCUUCUUUCAUUUCAUUUCAUACAUAGCUCUCUGUUCACACAAUACAUUUCGUAGUUGAAUUGAAAAUCUUCCUGAAAUCUCGACCCAUCCUCCAAUCCAAUCCAAAUCCAAUCCACAAAACUUCUUCUUUCUUGGCUGGGUUACGUACACGAGCUCUCUUCUUCUUACGAUCCCUUUGUAUGUAAGCAAGUAAAGUACGGUACGGACUGGUGGUAAGAAGAAGGGUUACCUACGACCAUCCAUACCACCACCAAAGAAGUAACAAGUCAGUCGCAGAGUUGUCUUUUACGAGAGAAGAAGAGUCAGAGCCAAAAAGAGAGACGAAAAAGAAGUCACAUAAUAACUUAUCUUGUAUCGCUUUUCUCUCCGUUACAAAGUGACGACGAGAACGAGAACGACACUUCUUAAACCUUUCCAAAACAUCGUAAGAUUCAACCCUUUCUUUCACGUGUUAACAUAAUUCCGAGCUGAAAACUUAUUUUACGUACAAAGCAUUUGUAACAUCAACGCUUUAAAAGGGGCGAAGAACAAUAAUCCAAGUGAGUUAGUGAGUUCGAAAGAAAAGAUUGUUUUAUUGUGAAGAAAGUGUCAAAGUGUACAAAUAAUGUUUUGCGUAAGAGUGACGUAAAGGGUGGUGGAAUGGAUUUGGGGAGAUUUACAAGUGCAUUUACUUACAUACAUAAGGGAUUUAUGGUUGGGGUGAAAGUUCAAUUGUUUUAAGAAGAGAUUGACUUUAUGUAAAUUAAGACCAGAAUCACGUGGUAUUUGUUAAACGCUAUUAUGCAGGCAGAAAUUUUGAACAUUUAUGGAAAAAAUUCUACCAGAUUUCAUCUUAAAAAAAUAAUUCGUUAAACGUAACGAAUUCUAACCUCCCAAAAAAAGUUUUAAUGUGUGAUUCGUGAUUUAAAAUGAGCUGCACACUAAUGUAUCAGCCAUACGCGAUGUCCUAUUCUUCCUCGUCUUCAUGCGACAGGACCACCUCGGCGGCUGAAAGGCAAAAGGUCUUCAAAUUCCCCCCGCAGAUUCACCCAGAAUCGCCUCCAGAUUCUUCCGCCAGCUCGGCGGGAGGUUCGCCCUCCUCCUCGAGCACUUACGCCCCUGCCAACUUCACCCUUCCGCUGAUUCCUCCGGGUGGAUCUGGACCUUCGACUGGACCCUUCAACUACCACCACUCACACCACCACCACCUCAAUCACCACCCUCAUCUGAGUCUGGGUCAUCAAAAUCAAAAUCAACAGCUCCAGCACCACCAGCACCAUCAACUGCCCCUGUCGCCGCACGAAACGUCCCCCACGUCCCAGCGGAGUUCGUCCAGUUCCCAUUCGAGACGGUCACUCACGCCGUGCGCCACCGUCACGUCGGCGGAUCAGCAGCAAGACCAGCAGCAGCAGCAGCAACAGCACCAUGAAGAAUCUACGUCUUCAAGGUCCUCCGAUCUCGAUUUGCCCCACACGAUCACAUCCGCGUCAUUGGCGUCAUCCUCGACUAGUCAGCAUACUCGACACCAAAAUACGCAGCAGGGUCACGCUCAAGGGGCGACGACUUCAUCUGCGACACCGUCGUCCUCGUCGUCAUCCAGGGCCCAGUAUUUGUCGGCGAAUUGCAUCGUGUACGAAAACUAUGUGGGCGACUCGGCUCGAGAAGUGGAUGAGCAUUUUAGCAAAGCGUUAAGCGUGGCGUAUGGCUCGAAUGGUGGGAGUGGACUCGCCGAGAAGAGUGGAAGUGGUGGGAAAAAUCUGCCCAUGUCCACGAGAAACUUUCCCCCGUCAUUUUGGGACUCUGCUUAUCAACCUCCUCCCGUCCCCUCGACGUCAUCCCGCCCCCCUUUGUCGAGCUAUGGACACACCGACUUUUACGGGAGUGCUGCUGCGUCUAUGGAUUACACCAACGGACUUCCAGUACCCGGGUUGCAUCAUCACCCGCAAAGUGACCCUUGGCACUACCCACUAGCCCCGCAUCACCAUCAUCACCACCACCACCAAAGUUAUCACCACCAUCACCGGGAUUUAGCGGCGGCCGCGGCUUAUCCAGCGAUGCCUUCAAGCUCAAGGUUCAAUCCUGCCCAAUACAGUAGUUUUCUAUUCCCCUCGGCCGCUUCGGCAGCAUCGGCGAGCCGGGCAUUUCCAGGCAUCGGGGCCUCCUCCGUAGGUGGGGUGAAGGGGGACAGUGGUCACUGGGGGGCUGGGGGACGCUACCAUCCGCACCCCCACCACGAAAGCUCCUGGUCCGACUUUCACCUUGCCGAUUAUUCCGCGGCGGCUGCGCACUACUCAAAUAUUACCGCGGCUGGGGGCAAUUUCUAAAGUUGGUAAAUCAUGUACAUAAAAUAGUUAUUUGUAAAUUUUUGCGAAUUUUUGUGCAAUAUUAAAUAUAUUUACAUAUAAAUGCAUGCAAUUUUAAAUAAUCAUUGAAAUUAUUAUAACUAAAUAUUGAUUUAAAUGUAUGUACAUCUUUAUAAAAAAAUAUACCCACCAAACCAACGAAUGAAGAAUGAAUGAAUGAAUGAAUGAAUGAGUGAAUAUUUAGUAAGUAAAGUAUCAUCAUCCCUUUCAUACAUACAAAAAAGUAAGCACAAAACUUUUUAUUUUACAGUUUACGACCUACUUUGUUUAACUUACCUGAUCAAAAGUGUGAUAAAGCCGAGUCUAGUCUUAAUUAAUGAAUAAAUCACUCACUUUCAUAUCAUAAA